GAACUUGUGGUUGCCUGCUAGCUAACCUCACAAACUUGCCGAAGUCCGUUUCUUUUUGCGUUUUCAAGUGCACUUCGAAUGAGAAGUCUACUAUUUUUUCAAGUUGGUCUAUUUUAAUAAUAAAUUCUUAAUAGUUAAUAUUUAUUUAACAUUUAAGACACUCAUAAUGUCAAUGACUAAGUACAUGCAUCCGCGUAACAUUUAUAAAACUCCACCGAAUUUUAAACAAUUAGCAAUAGAUUAUCCAGAUUUUCGUCAGCAUGUAAAACAGGAAUUAUCUGGUAAAGUUUCAAUUGAUUUCAAAAAUCUUGAAGCUCUAAGGUCACUCACAUGCACAUUACUGAAAAAAGAUUUUGGGCUUGAUGUACAAAUACCUUUGAACAAACUAAUUCCAACUAUACCUUUGAGAUUAAAUUACAUUCUAUGGAUUGAAGAUUUAAUGGAGAUAUCAAUUCCAAUAAAUGAGACAAGGGACAUUAAGGGUAUUGAUAUUGGUACAGGUGCAUCUUGUGUUUAUCCUCUAAUUGCUGCUAGCAAAAAUAAAUGGCAUAUGUUAGCAACUGAAAUUGAUGACAAUUCUAUAGAAUUUGCAAGAAAUAAUGUUGUGGCAAACCAAUUAGAAGUUUUAAUUGAAGGUAGUGAUAUCAAUUUAAGUUUAAAUGUAACAUUUAUUUCAAAUUGCAAUAUUUUAGUUCAAAAAGUUACAAAAGAUGCGUUUUUUGAUCACAUCACAAAUGAAUAUGAUUUUGUAAUGUGCAACCCACCAUUUUUUGCCUCUCACCAAGAAGUAAUCUUUGAAUUUAAAUCAAGAAAACAUUCACGACCAAGGCCUAAAAAUGCUUUCGUUGCUGCUCCUCAAGAAAUUGUUGCACAUGGUGGAGAAGUUGAAUUUAUUUCAAGAAUGAUCAAAGAGAGCCAAACAAUACAAACAAAAAUCAAAGUUUAUACAACAAUGAUUGGCCAUGCUUCCAGUUUAGCGCCGUUAAAGAAACUUUUGAGAGAUGUAGAUGUUGUUAGUUUCAAACAGACUGAAUUUUGCCAAGGCAAUACAACACGCUGGGGCUUAGCGUGGACGUUUUGUGAUAUAGAUUUGCGUAAAGUACCUGAAACUACUUUGGCUGUACAACGUAAACAAAAGAAGGAAAAUACAUCAUUUCAGUAUCAAAUAACAAAUGUGCCAGAAACUGUAACAUUAAAUGAUGUACAUAUUAAACUUCAAGAUAUAUUUACAGAGUUAGAGUUUGAUUUUAGAGUUAAACAAACGAAAAUUCUGUAUUCCUAUGAUAUUGAAGCGAAGAAAAAUACUUGGCAACAUCAGCGUAGAAAGCGACGGGCUGCCCAAAGAGCUGGCAACAGUUCGAAUGAUUCUAACGAAUCAAAGUCACCAUCAAUGGAUGAUAGUGGAAUAGAAACCUUGGGCAACCAAAAUUCUCCCAUGAAUGCAGGAGUAGAAAGAACAACAGAAUUAAUCGAACAAAUGAAAGUGAAAAGCCCUAAAAAGCGAGAGCUUGAUGACGACGAAGGGUAUUACAAUAACAAGAGAUUUAAGACCGGUGCUGAAAGUGAUGAAAAUCCAAUUGUACGUAGGAAUUUACUACUAUCCGCUAAGAUUUCUAUGUUUAAAGAUGCGAAUAAUAUUAAUAUUGAGCUGAGCUGGAACGAUGGACAUGGAAAUCGUGAUGUUUUACAUCAAAUUCUCCAGUAUUUGAAGAAUAAUUUAAAAUUAUAAAUACUAUGGAAACGAAUAGUUUAAUUUUUAUUGAUUUGUAAUCAUUAGUUCUAUUUUUGUAAGAAUAAACGUUAUGUUUCUUAUUAUUAACAGGAAAA